CUAUAGUUCACAAGGCGUUAUAUGGCAUUGCAUAUCCGAGAUCGCAAAGCCUAUUCACCGCCAUUACCUUUCCAAUACGGGCGAUAGCCAUUCCCAUAUACAGGACAUGAAAGCUGGGUUACGCAUUCAACGUGCACCUCCGCAGAAAGUCGAACAUUUGCUGUCACGCCGCGGCGAAAACGACCUAGUUAAUUAAUAAUAUUGGGCUUGUCAGUCUGUGGCACAGGCUAUGCUGGUAGAAGACUCCUGUCGACGGGAUCUGACCUUGGGAAAGGACAAACUGCUAGCUAUCGCCGGUGUGGCAGCACAGAUGCACCAUAUGUAUGGAGGUCUUUACGUUGCAGGCUUAUGGUCAGAUACCAUAAUCAGCGAUUUGACGUGGAAAAGAGAUGACACGCCGGGCCUCACAUCGUAUAGUAAGCCUGUAGGCUCUUUAGAUGUGCCUACGUGGUCUUGGGCAUGUACCUCCUGUCCAAUCAGAUCCAAUACAAUCCACCUGUUUGACUUUGAUGCUCGCCUACUGGAAUGCGGAAUUCGGCCCAAAUUCAAAAACGCACCUUUCGGAGAUAUAGAGGGCAGGAGUUUGGUCCUAUCGGCGAAGAUGGUCAAGGUUGAGAGGUCUCUUCGUUUUGACGAUUGGUCGUGCAGCAUUGUUUUGGACAAAGAAUCAUGCGAUCAAGAGAUACCUUAUCCCAAAGACCAUUCCCAGCUACUAAAGUUACUUGACCGAGAACGUGAGGAGAGAUGGUGCAUGCUGUUGGGACACCGGAAGCUAUCCAAGUUCGAGAAGAUGCCACGCCGACCCGUUGGCUUGAUUCUCGCAAAAUCAAAAGAUUGUUUCGAAAGAGUGGGUUUAUUUGAAGGCGAGUGGACAGGGCCUAAUCCAGCCUCUGGUAAGGCUAACUUCACGCUACAAUUUGCAUUAGUCUCUACAAGCACGUCGCCAGAUGAAGACACGAAGAUGAUCGCCCAGGACGUCGCCAUCAGUAUUCUCAAUUAUGCAGAACCACAUGAAUCAUGAUAUGGCCUGGUCCCACCUUUUGAUAGGUUGCGAACAGUCACUGUCUAAGAUAGAUAGAUAGGUAGAGAAGAGAAAAUUGAUCUAAAAGGAUGUGAAUACAGGCUUUGUGUAUUGGAGAGGUAGAGAGGAUCUGAUCGCGAAGGACCUGAAAUUCAUUCAAUGUGUCUCCGUUCGAGGCAUGAAUUUGGG